UCAUCUGCAUAUAUGAUUCUUCUGGUCCUUCUCUGAGAAAAGCCGUGAUGAAAUUGUGCGACUACAUUGUGUUUGCAUUUGUUCGUCUUGGUGUAUCCGGUGUCCCAGUUUCAGGGAAGCUCCUUGAAGACUUCCUUGCUGUUACACGACAAAGCAAAAGUCGGGCAGUAGCAGCUCUUGAACCUUCCUUUAUCGAUGCCUUGAACACUGGGGACGCAGGGUUUUUGAGACCGCUGUCUACGAAGUUGAAGCGCUGGACAAGUUACGAAAAAUUGGCCGGUCUUGCGUUGUUUCCUCUGCCUUCAACAGACAUACAUGCAGUUGCAGAGUUUUCUAAUGCAAUAUGGUCUAUUUUUCAACACUCAGUGGAAGACCACAAGAUCUUAAUAGUUGGAGUUCAUGCCUUUGAAGCUGACGAGGAUGUCUUGCAGCGCCUGAGUCGCACUUGUGACUUUCUUGUCUUCAUUAAUCAGGAAGUAAAACCUGGUCCAGUAUGUCGCAUGCACUACCCAGCUAUGAGGAGACUUGUAUACCAGGAUUUUGAGCACAUGAAAAACAUUUCCAGUGCAGUUUCGCAUAGCUGCCUUUCAGUCAACCUGGCUGUGCUGGGCUUCCGCAUGGCACGGUCAUCUGGCCAACAAGUGCGCAUUGGAGACCGCUGUGUUGAGCAGAAAUGGACAAGUCUCUCUGAGGUGUGCCCGACAGGUAGCGAGGAAGAAACCAUUGAACCAGGCUUGGAGGGCUUGGUUCAGAGCAACAACAGCUAUGUUAUGGUUUUUGAAACCAAGCGAACAACUUAUGACAAGGUGGUCAAGUUUCGUCAAGCACAUCCUGAUGGCUGUGUUGCGGUCUUUGGGUUCAACUUUGAUGACCUUGAUGGCCACUGUAGAAAUGAGCAACCUUUUCCACGUGUUCGCCUUAUAGCAGAUGUUAUGUCCAAGAACAAGAGCUCAUUGUUUUCUACAGCAACCAAGUACAGAAAUGGUAAGGCAGUCAAUGCUCCUUACAGACUAUGCAACUACAUCUAGCUAUUUUUGCAAUUUCAGAGCAUGCUAAGCAACCAGAAUUCAAGCGCUCUUCGUUGCUGUGUGUGUUUUCGGAAGAGGCGCAUCUGAUGGACAACUUCCCUGGAGAACUGUGCGACUAUCUUGUGUUCCAGUCUGUAGAGUAUAUGUUAGCAUUUGACAGGGUUGCCAUUCACAAUG